GACAGGGUGAUGAAGAGACAGACGUCAGGAGUCAGAGAAGAUGAUGGACUGAAGACUGAAGAAAGAACACAAUAUCAUCAUGUCCAGCAGAGAGAGCAGAGCUGUUGUUCGCGGUUCUGCUCACAGGAGAAGAAGCAGCAAAUCAAGAGAACCUCCCUCCAUGAGUAAUCUGAGGAUUGUUCUGCUGGGGAAGAGCGUGUCAGAAAACAGUGGAGUGGGAAACUUCCUGUUGGGACGAGCAGUGUUUGACAGUGAAGCUCCUCCAGAUGUUGUAGAGAGAGUCGGAGGAAGAUUGAAGGACAGACAUGUGAUGGUCAUCAACAGUCCUCAGCUGCUCCAGACAAACAUCUCAGAUGAUCAGUUCACACAGACAAUGAGAGAGUGCGUGAAUCUGUCUGAUCCAGGACCUCAUGUGAUCGUUCUGCUCCUCAAACAUGAUCAGUGUUCAGCAGAAGAUCAAGAGUGUGUGGAGAAGGUGCUGGACUCUUUCUCUGAGAGGGUUUAUCAACACACCAUGGUGCUCACCACACAAGAGUCCACUGAAACCAAUGACAUCCUACAGAAAAUCAUUCAGAAAUGCUUCAACAGACACUUCAGUCUUCAAAGAAGCAGCUCUCCUGAUGAUCUUCUGCAGGCGUUUGAGGACAUUGUGAAAAUAAAUGAUGGACGACACCUGGAUUGUCCUGAAGUUUCACAGUAUUUCUCAAUGGAGCAACAAGCCACAGAAAGACUUUCAGAGUGUGUGAAGCUGAAUCUGGUUGUGUGUGGGAGUGACAGGACAUUAAAAUCCUCCAUAUCAGAACAGAUCUUGAGAGACGUGGAGCUUCAUGGACGUCAGAUCAGUCUGGUGGAGCUUCCAGCUCUGUUCAACACUCGUCUCUCAGAGGAGGAAGUGAUGCGUCAGACUCUCCACUGUGUGUCUCUCUGUGAUCCUGGAGUUCAUGUUUUCCUCCUCAUUAUUCCUGAUGCUCCACUCAAUAAUGAAGACAAAGCAGAAAUGGAGGAGAUCCAGAGGAUCUUCAGCUCCAGAAUCAACAAACACAUGAUGAUCCUCAUAAUGCAGAGUUCAGAGCAUCAGACAGCAGAACUCAAUGAAGAAACACAGUCUGUCAUUGAGGGAUUUGGAGGACGACAUCAUUUCUUUGGUCCUAACACACAAGUGUCCACAUUGAUGGAGAACAUUGAGAAGAUGCUGGAAGAAAACAGAGGAGAGUUUUUCUCCACAGAGACAUUUCUGGAGGCACAGAUGAAAAAACUGAUGAAAUAUGAAGAGAUGAAGAAGAAAAUUCAUUCACUGGAGACACUUUUACUGUCACAAGAUUCAACAGAGAGUGAAGAUGAACUGAGGAUUGUGCUGCUGGGAAAAACUGGAGUUGGAAAAAGUGCAACUGGAAACACAAUCUUAGGAAGAGACGCAUUUAAAGCACAAGCAUCUUUUGAAUCAGUGACUAAAGAGAGUCGGAAAGAAACAUCUGAACUCAACGGCCGACACGUUACUGUGAUCGACACUCCAGGACUGUUUGAUACUGAAGUUACUAAUGAGGAGAACCAGAGAGAAAUCAGCCACUGCAUCUCCAUGAUCCUGCCUGGACCACAUGUGUUUCUCCUGCUGAUUCCUCUUGGACGAUUUACUAAAGAAGAAGCAAAAUCAGUGAAGAUCAUCCAAGAGACGUUUGGUGAGAAAUCUCUAAAGUACACCAUGGUGCUCUUUACCAGAGGAGAUGAUCUCAAGGACCAAACCAUUGAACAGUGUUUGGGAAAACCUGGAUCUCCUUUGAUGAAUCUGAUUGAAGCGUGUGGAAACAGAUUCCAUGUGUUCAAUAAUAAUCAGACUGGAGACCGAACACAGGUGUCUGAUCUACUGGAGAAGAUAGACAACAUGGUGACAGCGAACGGAGGGAGUUUCUACUCGUGUAAGAUGUUCAGACAGAUGGAGAGAGAAAAACAAGAACAACAGAUGAAGAUCCUGAUGGACAGAGUCAGAGAAAGGGAAGAACUGAUGGACAAACUAGAAGAAGAGAUGAGACAAGAACAAGAGACACUUUCAAAUAAAAUUGAGCUGCUGAAGCAAGAAAAAGAGAAACUUCAGAUCAAACACGUCACAGAAAUAGAAAGACUGUUGAACAGAAUAGAGUAUGAGAGGAAGAAAAGAGAAUUUGAAUUUAAUGAAAGAGGAGAAAAGUAUAAAACACUAAUGAAAGAGAAAGAAAAAAUGAUGAAGAAACAUGAAGAAGAGAAAGAGAGAAUGAAGAUGAGGAUGGAGGAAGAACGACAGAAUCAUGACAAAGAGAGAAAGAUAAGAGAAGAUGAACUCAAAAGAGAAAUAAGAGAACAAGAGAAACAUCAGAGAGAGAUGCAAGACGAGAUGAGACGAGAACGAGAGACUUUCAAGAUUGAAAUAGAAGAAAUGAGGCAAGAAAAAGAAAAACUUCAGAUCAAAUAUGAAUCAGAAAUAGACAGACUGAUGAACAGAAUAGAGAAUGAAAGGAAGAAAAGUGAAGAAGAAUUCAGAGAGAGAGAAGAUCGAUAUAAAAGAGAAAUGAAAGAGAAAGAAGAGAGCGAGGAAAAGAUGCGUGAGGAGAUGAAGAGAGAACGAGAGGAAUGGGAGAAACAGAAACUAGAGGAAAAGAAGGGAAGAGAAAAAGAGAAACAAAAACGUGAAGCAGACGAAGUUGAAUCACAUGAAGCUGAAGCAUAUAAAGUUGAAGCGGCUGAAUUUGAAGCAGAUGAAUAUGAAGCAGAUGAUUUUGAAGCACAUGAAUUUGAAGCAGAUGAAUAUGAAGCAGAUGAUUUUGAAGCAGAUGAUUUUGAAGCAGAUGAUUUUGAAACACAUGAAUUUGAAGCAGAUGAAGUCGAAGCACAUGAUUUUGAAGCACAUGAAUUUGAAGCAGAUGAAGUUGAACCAUAUUGGAGCGAUUUCCUAGACACAGAUUAAGCCUAGUCCUAAAUUAAAACGGCCCUUUAAACCAGAUUAACAGAAAUCUGCUUUUUUAAAUAGUCCUAGACUUCUAGUACAGAGUUUAAUAAGCUGAUUUCUUGGAGGAAGACUAGAGCUGAGCUACUCCAGGACUAAACUGAGGCUUAAAUUUACUUCAGAUUAACGUUGUGUUUCAAAGAAGACACAUGUAUUACUUGGAUAUAUUUAUAUGUGCGAUCUGGGAAAACCUGUUGGAUGUCACGAUGGAACGUUUUCAGUAAAGUCAAAAAAUAGGUCGAAUGUAAUUUUUUUUUUUUUUGUCAAAAUUGGGUUUUCUUUAAAUUAUCAUUCUAUAACAUCUUGUCUAUCAUCUCUGAAAAUAUCUUAGCAAAAUAUGCCUGUUAAGUGCAGAAAAAUUGUUAUUUAAAAUGGCAAGCUGAAAAGAUUCUCUAAUGUUACUGUUUAAGAACACACCCAGCGGAGGUAAAAAAAAAAAAAAAAAAACGGCCAUAGAACAACGGAGCUAUAAUGAACACAAGUUCUAAUUAUGUGUAUAUUAGAGGUUGAAUUCAAAUCAAAUACUGCCAAACUUCCCAUACUACUUAUGAAUAGGACAUCUACUUCAUAAAAUGAAUGAAAAUAUGGAAAUAUAUGGAGGCGCCCUUAAAUAGUCAGAUAUGGAGCUGACAAUGUUGACAUUUUUGUCUUAUAUUUUCUUGCAGUUUAGAGUGAAACAUGUUUUGUAUUAUAUUAUUAUAAAAUAGAAACAAUUAUAUUUUUACAGUUUCAUAAACUUAAACUUCUAUAAUGUUUCACUUUCAUAAUUUAUUCCACUCCUACAAUAAUCUGACAAGUGUCUUCUUUAAAACAAGACCAACCUUAGGUCUAUAUUCCAAAGCAUUCUUGAAUUGCAUGCAUUAAUGUUUGGAUAGUGCAUUUUCAUGUCUAUGCAAAAAAGGGACUGACAGUAAUUUAAACCUGUUUUUCUCAAAAUUCCAUUCCUGAAAAUCAGAGCGAUUAGCCAUCUUUAGAUAACCAUAACUUUUGUUACAGAUAAGCUAUGAAAAAAGUAAAAACAGAUUUGGAAAGGGCUCGAAUUGAGCUUUAAUUAGGUAGUAGGUGAUUUCACCAUGUGGUGGGUUUUCGCAGAUCACAUCACAUAUAUACAGUUAGGGCCAUAUAUAUUUGGGACACAGACACAAUUUUCAUACUUUUAUCUCUGUAUGCCACCAGAAUAAAAUAAAAAUGAAAAAAAAAAAACAAGAUGCAUUUAAAGAGCAGACUUUCAGUUUUAAUUCAAGGGGUUGAACAAAAAUAUCAAAUAAAAGGUUCAGGAACUGCAACCAUUUUUAUACACAGUCCCUUCAUUUUCAGGGGCUCAAAUGUAAUUAGACAAAUAAAUAUAAUUAUGAAUAAAAUGUUCAUUUUUAA